AUGGCAGUCGAUCUCCGAUAUAGUGCUGCUAAGACGUCGAAGAUAACUAAACGACUAUUUAACACGUCUCCGAUUAAGAAAAUCCAACAGGAUUUAAAAAGAAAAUUACCAUCACAAGUUAAAUAUACUCAAAACUUAGCCAAAACUAAUAAUGCUAAAAAGACAGAAGAAAGAUUGGUUCCUCUGGAUUAUAAUGUACAACUUGAUUAUCAACUAUCUGAAAAGGAAGAUAUAAUGGUUGCUAUUGAAACCAUAAGCUCAAAUCUUUGGUCAGAAUCCAGUACCUUGCAUACCAAAUAUUAUGGGUUGGUUGAUAAAAGAGAUCGAGAUAUGGAAUCCUUGGUGUUUCUGUUGAAAGGAUUAUCAAUGAAAGCGAAAGCGGAAGCAAUGAAGUUCAGAACUAAUCAAUUUCCCAAAGAUAUGGUGACUACCACCCAAUUAUAUACCGUUUAUGAACAUCAAGGAAAUACAUUUGUGGAUCGAAAAUUAGAAAUAAAUAUAAGGAAUGGGAAUUUAAGAAAAUUCGUUAUAACAAAUGCAUCUCCAGUCAUUCUGAGAACUGUACAAAAGUUCCAAUUAGGGAAAGUCACUUAUGGUCAUGAGAAUAUGGAAGUUAUUAUACCAGCAAAGUCAUAUGAAAGUAUGAUUAAAGAUAAGAUUAAAGCUUUGGAGUUGGAUAUAUCCAACGCGACAGAGAAGAAUCCGACCUUAGAGUUUGAACUCUCAGCAUUAAAGAAAUUCCAUACUUUUGUAAUGGCAAAUCCAACAGCUCUAUAUGUGGAUCUUAAUGAAAUGACAUAUGAAGAGUUAUCAUCAUUAAUCGGAUAUGGUUUUGUUACCUUAACCUCAAAUCAUUUAAAUGAGAUUGAAUCGCAUCAGUUCUCAAUAUCAUAUCCUGCUUGUGGUGUCUUUUUGAAACUUAUUAAUGCAGGCAGAGUUUGGUUAGUUAAAGCUAUGGCAAAAGCUAGUUAUAAAGAAAGUCUUGAAGAAAAUCUCUUCAAGAAAUGGGAAGGUAUGACUUUAAAUGGAGAAUCUAAAAUGAAUAAUUUUCGAGCUCCAUUCUAUGGGUAUGAUUUAAAUUGGGUUUUAGCAGAUGCUUUAGGUUCAGGUUUAAUAGAAGUAUUUAAUACACCUGUUGGAAGAGGAUGGAAAUUGACAGGAAAAGCUUGA